UACCGGGAUUUCUUCCAUGAUCGGAUGCCAUUAGGUCGCCACUGUUCAAAUUGUAUACGUAGCAUCCUCUCGAGAUACUAGAGCCAUGCCUCGCUCUGAUGAGGCAGCAGCUUGGUACACCAUGGUAUAUAGGGCCGUGCAAGAGGUUCCUCACGGCAAGGUCACUUCGUAUGGGCACAUUGCCAUGCUGUUGGGAUACCGUGAGCAACCUCGCCAAGUAGGAAUGUGUCUCAAGUAUCUUCCGUCCGCAGCGGAUCAGCCUGAUGCGCGAUACAACAGCGAUACCGUACCCUGGCAGCGCGUCAUCAACUCCAAAGGAGUCAUCAGCAACAGAGGCGGAAAUGGCGCGCAACGUCAAGAAUCGGCGCUUGCCCUUGAAGGUGUUCAAGUUGAAAGAAGCAGUCUGGGCGAGCGAAUAGUUGACUUUGACUUGUAUGGCUGGUUUCCAGAUCAGUUGCCUAGUGAAGCUCGCGGUGACGAAGAGUCAUCAUAGUUUCCUCGCCCGAAUAUCUGACGAGAACUCUCAAUGUCUUUGUCACAGCGGGCACAUCGUCUGGAAUGAGUCGUCCCUCCGCUAGGAUUGCGUGUGUUGAAGAAACUGUGGCGGCACGUGGGCUGUAGGGGUUGGUCAUCAAUUCAUUACCAUUUGAGUCUCGGAAAUCAUCAGGGUCAUUGCAUGUCUUUGUCGGCGACACGGUAG